AUGAACCAACGUACUUCAAAAGGAAUCUUUGAGACUCCAAGGUCUCCUUCAAGAUCUACAAGAAGUCUAGAGCCUCCUAGACCCGGAGAUGGGAUCCCUUUACCUUCAACUUCUCCACGACGUCGUCAGGUAAUCUUUAGUGACAGACAUAUACCCAACAGAACCGGAGUUGAUCUUCAAGCAGCUUUCAGUUUAUCAAAUCAAGAUGAAAUAACACUGUCGUCUCAUUCCAGAAAUGCUGAUAACGAAAUUGAAUUACGUAAAGAAGAAGAAGCUAAUCGAACAUUUUCCACAGUAUUAAAAGCAGAAUUAUUUGGUGAUAAUGUUCCAAUGGCUAUGGCUAAUUUGUCACAACUGAGUCUUCUUUCAAGUUCCCCGAUUAAGGCUCCUCCAACCAGAACAGCUCAAAACUUGUCAUCCAGCUCAGCCAUACCUACAUCUCAUAAUAUACCUGGUGGUGGGGGUGAAGAUGACUUUCUUGGAGGAGCUGGUUCCUUACUUGGUGGUGGUGAUUCUAUCAACACUGGUAUUAUUGGAGGGUUGAACUCUGGUAGAAGAACUCCUCCAUUGGAUGAGUCUAAUAGUACUACAGCAUUAAUGACAUCUGAUCAAUCAGUGACAAAUACUCCUAGAAGGAAAACAAAUUUAUUUACCUACCAAUCUCCUCAGAAAACAAGGCCUAUUUCAAGAGACUUACAAAGCGAAUUGUUUUCCCUAAGUCCAGUACGACAAGAGUCUCAAAAAUUAUUAUUGUCACCCCAAAAGAAGCCUAGAAACAUCUCCAAAGUUCCUUAUCGAGUAUUAGAUGCUCCAGAGCUUCUGGACGACUUUUAUUUGAAUCUCGUGGACUGGGGCCAACAAGAUAUUCUUGCUGUUGGAUUGGGAAGCAGUGUAUAUUUAUGGGAUGGAUCUACCCAUUCCGUUGAACAGUUGUGUGACUUUGAAGAUGAAGAUAAGGUUACAAGUUUAAGUUGGAUAGAGCUGGGGACUCACCUUGCAAUAGGAACAGGAAAAGGGUUGGUGGAAAUAUGGGAUGCCACCAAAAUGAAAUGUGUUCGAACUAUGACAGGACAUAACUUGAGAGUAAGUUCACUUGCUUGGAAUGAACAUGUUUUAAGUAGUGGAUCUCGAGACCGGACUAUUUUGAACCGUGAUGUUCGUAUUGAGAGUCACUAUGUGAAUAAAUUUGAAACUCAUAGACAAGAAGUUUGUGGGUUGAAAUGGAACGUAGAAGAGAAUAAGUUGGCUAGUGGAGGGAAUGAUAAUAAGCUUUUCAUAUGGGAUGGAUUGAACACUAAACCAUUAUAUUCAUUUUCUAAUCAUACAGCUGCUGUGAAAGCCAUAGCAUGGUCGCCACAUCAAAGAGGUAUACUUGCAUCUGGUGGAGGAACAGCUGAUAAGACUAUCAAGACCUGGAACACUUUAACAGGACAAAUGAUCCAUGAUGUGGAUACAAGCUCACAAGUUUGCAAUCUUGUAUGGUCCAAGAACUCCAAUGAAUUGGUAUCUACUCAUGGAUAUUCUAGAAAUCAAAUCAUUGUUUGGAAGUACCCUUCAAUGCAUCAGGUUGCACAAUUGACUGGCCAUACUUAUAGAGUACUUUAUUUGGCACUUUCACCUGAUGGAGAAACCAUAGUUACCGGUGCCGGUGAUGAGACUCUCCGGUUUUGGAAUGUUUUUGAUAAGAACCGGAACAAUCAGCCACCGUCUUCGAUAUUACUCGAUGCAUUUCUGCAGCUCCGAUAG